ACUAAGCUGCGAGUGAGUCUUGUGGAGUGUUUCGUUGGAGCUGCUGGUUGCAUCAAAGCUUGUUCCUGAUACCUGUGGCUGCAAAUCAACACCGAGGCAACCAAACGCCUCUUCCCUGUGGAGCUCCCCGGGUUAUGGCCAUCUAAAAUCUCACGGCACAACAACACAACAACCACCUGAGAAAAAAACAACUCAUAAAGGUUUGGAUCUACUUGAGGCUGAAUCCAGAGCAUCGACAUGGGAAAACAAAACAGCAAGCUCCGUCCCGAGGUGAUCCAGGAUCUGCUGGACAACACAGAUUUCACAGAGCAUGAGAUCUUGGAGUGGUAUAAGGGUUUUCUGCGGGACUGUCCCAGCGGGGCGCUCAGCAUGGACGAGUUCAAGAAGAUCUACGGCAACUUCUUCCCCUAUGGAGACGCAUCAAAGUUCGCAGAGCAUGUCUUCCGGACCUUCGACGCCAAUGGAGAUGGGACAAUAGAUUUCAGAGAGUUCAUCAUUGCGCUGAGUGUAACAUCACGUGGCCGCUUGGAUCAGAAGCUUAAAUGGGCCUUCAGCAUGUACGAUCUAGACGGCAACGGAUACAUCAGCAAGGCGGAGAUGCUGGAGAUUGUGCAGGCCAUCUACAAGAUGGUAUCUUCUGUGAUGAAAAUGCCAGAGGACGAGUCCACACCUGAGAAGCGCACAGACAAGAUCUUCCGUCAGAUGGACACAAAUCGUGAUGGUAAGCUGUCACUCGAAGAGUUUGUAGAGGGUGCAAAGAACGACCCAUCCAUCGUGCGACUUUUGCAGUGUGACCCCAGCAGCGCCGGCCAGUGAAUCAACAGCAGUCUCCCAACAGUCAUAACCUCUCGUACACAAAAUCGUUCCGUCCCAUCUCCUUUUGAACAUCAACAGAGCCUGGACUCCAAAACUACACCCCUCAGUGUCUGAGGAUUUCACACUGAACACCAUGUUUGUUUUUUUAGGGUCACUGAGAUUGUGGACACUGAGAUGUGUCUCUCUUUACUUUAAAUAACUCAUAUAAGGCUUUUUUUUGUUGCUAAAAACACAAAAGGCAGUGAUGUAAUUGGCAUCACUUGUUCAUUUUUGGUAUUGAAAUUAACCCUUAAAAAGGGCUCGAAAUAUAAACAGAGGUUGCCUGAGAUGGAGCUGAAGCGAAAAUUUUCCAAGCACGCAAAAAUGCACAGAACGAUAAAGUAAACACUUUGUCAAAAAUCAUAGCUUAUUUAAUAAUUAAUAUUUUUAAGAGUUUACUAAAUUAAGUCAUUUUACACAUAUAUUAACAAAUAUCAUUCCUAAGGGUUCCUAGUGUUUCAAUUACAUUCAGCACAUACAUUUAUUUAUGAGAAGCACUUGGGCGUUUUUUUUUACUUGAAGUGUUUUUCCAACAUUUAUUGCAUUAUGUCAGAAAGCCUGUGCUAGAUAUUCUUAAAGGGGUAUAUUUUGUCAUGAUGGUGCUCCUUUUAUGAGCAUCCGUAUAAUCUUUAAAAUAAAAAUAAAAAUACACUUUUUUUAAACUUUAAUAUUCGCUGCAUACUGUAGGACUGACUAACCGUAUAGUUGGACGAUAUCAUUAAGCAAAGAACUAUUUUCAUAGGGACAAAUAUAAUAUCAAUCCUGCUGCUUCAAAAAAAAAAAAGAGAGAAAACAUGAAAAAGUAUUAGGGGAAAAUGUAGAUAUAAUUUAUGGUCCAGUGAUACAAAUGUAUCACAACACAAAAAAAAGACGUUUUCUUUUAUUUCAAAUAAUCCUUUGUACAGUAAAAGCCAAUAUAGGCACGUUCUGAAAACAUAGCCCUAUAUUACCUUCAUGUGGAUGGCAUCUCCGCUGUUAGCAGUUUGUCCGAUUGCUCGACAUGUACAACAGAGUUCGAGUCGGGUGAAAAACAGUUCCAGAAAGCACGUAAGACAAAAGCAGAAGCCAAAAAAUAAAAUUAACAAGUAAAUAAGAGGGUGAGAAUGUAGUCAAAUCUGAAAACCUGGUAAAAAUCAGGCGAGGGUUUUUCUUUUUUCUGGUUUGCUUUUCAAAACACUGCUUGGCUUUAGGGAAGUGGAUGGGCGGGUCAAUCGGUGCUUCUUAAAAUACUAUUGGUUGAGUUUAGGGAAGGGGGAGGGCAGGAAAUCGGUCGAUUGGUCAGUCAGUCAGUCAGUCAAUCAACAGCGGCCUCUAAAGGAAAUACGUGAGAACAGCAGGCGCAAACGGCAUCUGACAAAGAGUGCACAGCGGCCUCUGCUGGAUUCCCGAAGACAAAACAAUCAAAAAGUGCAAAUAAACGUACCCCCUGGGACGUAUUUUGCUCUCUCCAGACUAGAAAUGUAUAUAAUGGUACGUUUUCAGAAUGAGCCUGGGUUGGUGAACGCAUAUCUAUUUAAGACUGUAACAAUGAACAGCGAAGACCACACGUUUCUAUGCACAUUCACAUUAGACCAUUUACUUAUCGACCAGCCAACAGAAUCCCUUCAGCUUGUUAUAAUUUCUAGACGCCGAUGCAGUCAAAGCUCUGCCCACACAGUCAGCUGUCAAAUAAAAAGUACAUAUUUUAGAUGUACCUUAAGACGAAGUGAAUGUUGUUUGACAUAGGGAGCUGAAGCUUGACUGAAUCUUGUCUUAUUGAAAUCUUGGUAUCCGAUUCUUAUAUAUCAUGGGAAACAGCUUAAAUCAUUUUGCACGUUCUACAUGUGGAUCUGCACCUCAAACUGAAUGUAUUCUCUUCAUUAACUGGUACUUUCUGUACAUUUCAGGAUGUGUGUAUGUGGUGCUUUUUUCAUGUGUAUUCAGUGUUUGUCUAUGCAUGUAUUUUGACCAGCACUUGAGUUGAAAAGAAAUACUGUCGGUGACUUUUGAAGCAAUUGGGGUGUAGGAUAUUAAUGUGUACGAUUAUUUCUGCACAACCUCAGGGUUAGAAGUGGUUUGAACGUGCAAGUGUAAAUGGAUGGCAUAUGCUUUUUUCUGUCAUGCAAAUCUGUAGUCCAUUAUAUAAAUACACAAACACUCGCUCACAUGCAAACCACGUCAUAUUUGUAAGAUGGGUAGCCAUUAUAAGCUUUCUGUGGUUUCCACUGAAGUUGCUGUGAAGUCAAGGUUGUAAUGAUCAAAUUUAUUUAAGCCAUUAGAACAAUUUGUGAAGGAGCUUGAAAUCAAAACUAAUCGCUGCUGAUGAGUUUUGCUUUUUAAAUUCUCCUUAAAAAUAUAUAUAUUCUUCAUUUCUAAACCCCACGAGACAGCAACAUGUGGUCAAGUGCCAAACACAGGUAAAUAUAUAUGGCAAACCAACAGUGUUCUAUCACUUUAUGCUGUACAACUGUUAUCUGUCAAACUAAAUGUUUGUCACUUUGUAGUUUUUAUAUGGUAACCUGUACAUUGUGUGUGUAGGUAUUAUUAACGCAGGCAUCUGUUUUGAUUAUAUCAUAAAUAAAAAUCUGAAAUAAA